AUGCCGCCGUCGCAGUUGAAGCAGCUCAAGGCCUCUCUCCGUGAGAGUGGGGUCCUGGGUCCUCAACAAUCGAAAAAGCAGAAGCGUCAGAAUGCGAAGACUGGUGCUGCGGCGCAAAAUCGGAACCAGCGCAAUGCCGCUCUGCAAGCUAUUCGGGACCGGUUCAAUCCCUUCGAGAUCAAGACAACCGCGACGAAACGCAAGUUCGACGUGACGACCAGGGACGCCGGAAAAGAAGCAACUGUGCGGGCCCGGCCUGGUGUUACCAAGUCGCUUGGAGAAGAGAAGCGACGUCAAACGCUUUUGCGAGAGCUGCACAUGCGCAACAAAGUCGGCGGAAUUCACGAUCGCCGUUUCGGAGAAGACGACCCGAACAUGACCCCCGAGGAGAAAGCCGCCGAGCGUUUUGCCAGAGAAAGCCAACGGAAGAUGCGCAAGGACUCGAUGUUCAACCUCGAAGAUGACGACGAUGACGAAGAGUUCCAACUCACCCAUAAAGGUCAGACUUUGUCUUUUGGCGACGGCAUGCCCCAGGAUGACUUUGAAGAACGCGACUUGGGCGAUGCCGAAGAGGAUGACAUGUCGGACUCUGAGUUCCUUCGGAAGAGAAAGCGUUUCGAUGGCGAAGACGAUGGCGAGUUAGAGGAGAACGAUGGUCCCGAGGGCGAGGAUGAGCCCGAGCGGAAAAAAUCAAAGCAUGAGGUCAUGAAGGAAGUCAUUGCCAAGUCGAAAUUCUACAAGUAUGAGCGGCAAAAGGCCAAGGAAGACGAUGAUGAACUGCGUGAAGAGCUCGACAAAGGUCUUCCCGACCUCUUCGAUAUGCUGCGAGGCGUCAAGCCUCCGCCGAAACCUGAGCCUCCCAAAGACGACCUGGCAUCCAUGAACCCGGACCGUGCUGCGCUGUUGGAAGGGAAGUCGAGGGACGAUCAAGAAAAGGAAUACGACCAGCGUCUGAAACAGUUAACAUUCGAUAAGCGGUCAGCACCAACUGAUCGUACGAAGACGGCCGAAGAGAAAGCGGAAGAAGAAGCACAGCGGCUGAAGAAGCUUGAGGAAGAGCGUCUCCGAAGAAUGCGGGGCGAAGAGCUCAGCGAGGAGGAAGAAGAAGAAAGUGGGGAGGAUGAAGCCAGUGAGAUGUCCGAAGACGAAUCGAUUCCGGACGAUGCGAGGGCUUUCGGACUGCAACAAGCCGCUGAUCAGGACGCCAACCGUCCGGAACUUGGAGUGGAAGACGAAGACGAUUUCAUUAUCGACGAUGACCUCGUUGAGACCCGGUCCGACGUUAGCUUGUCGAUUGAUGAGAGCGAUAUUGUCAUGUCUGAAGAAGAAGAGUCGGAGGAGGAAGAGCAAGAAGAAGAAGACGAGCUCAUCAACGGCCUUACGCUUCCUGCCGGCAAGGAUGGCGAGGCUUCAGCGGCCGCCGACAAUGCAGAUGGAGGCAACGAAGAGCUAGCAUACACAUACCCUUGUCCUGGCAGCCAUGACGAGUUCCUCCAGAUCAUCGACGGCGUCCCAAUGCAGGAUCUCCCCACCGUCAUCCAAAGAAUCCGAGCUCUGCACCACCCUCGACUUCACGCCGACAACAAGACGAAGCUCGGCCGGUUUGCUGCUAUCCUCGUGAAGCAUGUCGUAUACAUGACCGAACAACCGGAACAUCCACCCUUCGCCAUCGUUGAGAACACUCUCCGUCACAUCCACUCCCUGGCCAAGACUCACCCAGAGAGUGUCUCGCAGGCCUUCCGCGCCCACCUGCGCGAGAUGGCGCGUGAGCGUCCUCUCGCCCUUCGCCCCAGCGACCUGGUGAUCCUGACGGGGGUUGCGGCUAUUUUCCCAACCUCCGACCACUUCCAUGCCAUUGCCACUCCCGCCCACCUGUGCAUUGCCCGAUACCUCGGCCAAGGCGCGAUCAACACUCUGGCCGACUUUGCCACCGGAGUGUACGCCGCAAGCCUGUUCCUGCAGUACCAGACAAUGUCGAAGCGCUACAUGCCCGAGUUCAUGAACUACAUCCUCAACGCUUUGUGCAACCUCGCCCCCGUCAAACUCAAGUCCAGUCUCGGCCUUUUCCCUUCCCGCACACCGCAGGAUCCCCUAAGACUCCAGCCCUCGAAGAAACUUUCCCCGCGCAAGCUCCGCUUCUGGGACGUGGCUGGGCCCGCAUCAAACGCUGAAGCAGCAGAGCUCAAGCUCUCCCUUGUCACGACCAUGGUCAAUCUGCUCGACACCGCCUCGGAUCUGUGGGCCGAUAAGUCGGCGUUCACGGAGAUCUUCGAGCCGGCGCAGAACGUCCUCCGCCACUUGCUCCAGUCCUGCGAGGGCAAGGUGUCCUCCACGGUGACGGACAGCAUCCAAUCGACGCUGGACAAGAUUGACCAGCACCUCUCAAACGCGCGGAAGACUCGUCGGCCGCUCCUCCUGCACAACCACCGGCCCUUGGCGAUCAAGAGCGCCAUCCCCAAGUUCGAGGAGUCGUUCAACCCAGACAAGCACUACGAUCCCAACCGCGAGCGCGCCGAGGCCAACCGGCUCAAGACGGAGCUCAAGCGCGAGCGCAAGGGCGCCAUGCGCGAGCUGCGCAAGGACGCCAACUUCAUCGCGCGCGAGCAGCUGCGCGAGAAGAAGGAGCGCGAUGCCGAGUACGAGCGCAAGUACAAGCGGCUUGUGGCAGAGGUGCAGAACCAGGAGGGCCGCGAGGCCAAUGCGUACGAGAAGGAGAAGCGGAUGCGUCAGGGCAAGCGGUGA